ACAUUAACAAGGCGGAAGAAUUAAAUGAUCCAAGCAAGACUUUAGAAGCAACUGAAAAUGCUAUGAUAUUUUUAGAGACAUGUGAAAGUGAUAAAGAGAACUUGGAAACAUUCACAGCAUGUAACA